GGCGCCCGCCUCCCGGCGCUGACGGGCUCGUACGAAGCCGGCGAGGGAGAACCCGCACCAGCGGUCGCCGGCACACCGCCCAGCAUGGUCCGGGAAACCAGGCACCUCUGGGUGGGCAACUUACCGGAGAAUGUGCGGGAAGAGAAGAUCAUCGAGCAUUUCAAACGAUAUGGCCGAGUGGAAAGUGUCAAAAUUCUCCCCAAGAGGGGAUCUGAAGGAGGAGUGGCAGCCUUUGUGGAUUUUGUGGACAUCAAAAGUGCACAGAAAGCUCACAACUCAGUCAACAAAAUGGGAGAUAGAGACCUACGCACGGAUUAUAAUGAACCAGGCACCAUUCCAAGUGCUGCUCGGGGAUUGGAUGAUACAGUUUCCAUAGCAUCUCGUAGUAGAGAGGUUUCUGGGUUCAGAGGAGGUGGUGGAGGACCUGCUUAUGGCCCCCCACCAUCACUUCAUGCACGAGAAGGACGUUAUGAGCGGAGACUUGAUGGGGCUUCAGAUAACAGGGAGCGUGCUUAUGAACAUAGUGCCUAUGGACACCAUGAACGGGGGACGGGAGGAUUUGAUCGGACAAGACAUUACGAUCAGGAUUACUAUAGAGAUCCUCGAGAGCGGACUUUACAACAUGGGCUCUAUUAUACUUCUCGGAGUCGAAGUCCAAACCGUUUUGAUGCUCAUGACCCCCGAUACGAACCUAGGGCUCGAGAGCAGUUUACACUGCCCAGUGUGGUCCACAGGGAUAUCUACAGGGAUGACCUUACCCGGGAGGUGCGAGGCAGAAGGCCAGAGCGGAAUUACCAGCACAGCAGGAGUCGGUCACCACAUUCGUCCCAGUCUAGAAAUCCGUCUCCUCAGAGGCUGGCUAGCCAAGCGUCUAGACCCACAAGGUCCCCUAGCGGCAGCGGCUCUAGGAGUAGAUCCUCCAGUAGUGAUUCAAUCAGCAGCAGCAGUAGUACCAGCAGUGACAGCACUGACUCCAGCAGUAGUUCUAGUGACGACUCUCCAGCCCGGUCAGUUCAAUCUGCAGCAGUCCCAGCACCCACUUCCCAGUUGCUUUCAUCCCUGGAGAAAGAUGAGCCGCGUAAAAGUUUUGGGAUCAAGGUUCAGAAUCUCCCAGUACGCUCCACAGAUACAAGCCUUAAGGAUGGCCUUUUCCAUGAAUUUAAGAAAUUUGGAAAGGUGACUUCAGUGCAGAUCCAUGGAACUUCAGAAGAGAGGUAUGGUUUGGUAUUCUUUCGGCAGCAAGAGGACCAAGAAAAAGCAUUGACUGCAUCAAAAGGAAAACUUUUCUUUGGCAUGCAGAUUGAAGUAACAGCAUGGAUAGGGCCAGAAACAGAAAGUGAAAAUGAAUUUCGUCCUUUGGAUGAAAGGAUAGAUGAAUUUCACCCCAAAGCAACAAGAACCCUCUUUAUUGGCAACCUUGAAAAAACCACUACUUAUCAUGACCUUCGCAACAUCUUCCAGCGCUUUGGAGAAAUUGUGGAUAUUGAUAUUAAGAAAGUAAAUGGAGUUCCUCAGUAUGCAUUCUUGCAGUAUUGUGAUAUUGCCAGCGUUUGUAAGGCUAUUAAGAAGAUGGAUGGAGAGUACCUUGGAAAUAAUCGCCUCAAGCUGGGUUUUGGAAAGAGCAUGCCUACAAACUGCGUGUGGUUAGAUGGGCUUUCUUCAAACGUGUCGGAUCAAUAUUUAACACGCCAUUUCUGCCGAUAUGGGCCUGUGUUAAAGGUGGUGUUUGACCGCGUAAAAGGCAUGGCCCUGAUCCUCUACAAUGAAAUUGAAUAUGCACAAGCAGCUGUAAAAGAGACCAAGGGGAGGAAAAUCGGUGGGAAUAAAAUUAAGGUGGAUUUUGCAAAUCGGGAAAGUCAGCUGGCAUUUUAUCACUGUAUGGAAAAGUCUGGUCAAGACAUCAGAGACUUUUAUGAAAUGUUAGCAGAAAGAAGAGAGGAACGGAGGGGAUCUUAUGACUAUAGCCAAGAUCGUACGUAUUAUGAGAAUGUUCGUACACCGGGCACAUAUCCUGAGGACUCCAGACGGGACUAUCCAGCAAGAGGGAGAGAAUUUUAUUCAGAAUGGGAAACUUACCAAGGAGACUACUACGAAUCACGAUAUUAUGACGAUCCUCGGGAAUACAGGGAUUACAGAAAUGAUCCUUAUGAACAGGAUAUUCGGGAAUACAGUUACAGGCAAAGAGAAAGAGAAAGAGAACGCGAAAGAUUUGAGUCUGACCGAGACAGAGACCACGAGAGGCGGCCAAGUGAGCGCAGUCAAAGCCCGGUGCACCUGCGGCGCCCUCAGAGCCCUGGCGCCUCUCCCUCACAGUCCGAGCGGCUGCCAAGUGACUCGGAGAGGAGGAUUUACAGCCGGUCCUCAGACCGGAGUGGAAGCUGUAGCUCACUCUCCCCUCCGAGAUAUGAUAAACUGGACAAAUCUCGUUUGGAACGCUAUACAAAAAAUGAAAAGACCGAUAAAGAAAGGACUUUUGAUCCUGAAAGAGUAGAAAGAGAGAGACGCUUAAUAAGGAAGGAGAAAGUGGAAAAGGACAAAACUGAAAAGCAGAAACGAAAAGGAAAAGUUCAUUCCCCUAGUUCACAGUCUUCAGAGACAGACCAAGAAAAUGAGAGGGAACAGAGCCCCGAAAAAUCAAGGAGUUCUAAUAAACUGAGCAGAGAGAAAGCUGACAAAGAAGGAAUAGCAAAAAACCGCCUGGAGCUCAUGCCCUGUGUGGUUUUGACCCGAGUGAAAGAGAAAGAGGGAAAGGUUAUUGACCAUCCUCCCUUGGAAAAGCUGAAAGCCAAGCUGGAUAAUGACACUGCCAAGUCUUCUGCCCUAGAUCAGAAACUUCAGGUUUGUCAGACAGAGCCCGCAAAGUCUGACUUGUCUAAACUGGAACAGGUUCGAAUGAAAGUACCAAAGGAAAAGGGCCUGUCGAGCCACAUAGAAGUGGUAGAUAAGGAAGGCAGGCUUAAGCCCAGGAAGCACCUAAAAGCAGAGCAGACUGCUGAUGGGGUCAGCGCUGCGGACUUGGAAAGGCUGGAAGCAAGGAAGCGGCGCUUUGCAGAUCCCACUGUGAAAGUAGAAAGGCAAAAAUCUGAAGUCAAGAAAAGUAGUCCAGAGAUGGAAGAUGCUCGGGUAGUUUUAAAAAAGCAGCCUGACCUAUCCUCUAGAGAUGUCAUUCUGCUGAGGGAAGGAGAGUCUGAAAGAAAGCCUGUGAGGAAAGAAAUUCUUAAACGAGAAUCUAAAAAAAUAAAACUAGACAGACUUAAUGCUGUUCCCAGCCCCAAAGAGUGUCAGGAGCUUGCCAGUGUUUCUGUUGGGACUGGCUCAAGGCCCAAUUCAGACCUACAAGCAAGGCUGGGAGAACCAGUAUGUGAAUCUGUUGAAAAUCAAGAAAUCCAGUCAAAAAAACCGAUUGCCUCAAAACCGCAACUCAAACAGCUGCAAUUAUUAGAUGAUCAGGGGCCAGAGAGAGAAGAUAUUAGGAAAAACUAUUGCAGUCUUCGUGAUGAAACACUUGAAUGUAAAUCAAGCCAAGAGAAACCACAUUCAGUAAAUACUGAAGAAAAAAUUGGCAUUGAUAUCGAUCACACGCAGAGUUACCGAAAACAAAUGGAGCAGAGUCGUAGAAAACAGCAGAUGGAGAUGGAAAUAGCCAAGUCUGAGAAGUUUGGCAGUCCUAAAAAAGAUGUAGAUGAAUAUGAAAGACGUAGUCUGGUUCACGAGGUAGGCAAACCCCCCCAGGAUGUCACUGACGACUCUCCUCCUAGCAAAAAGAAAAGGAUGGACCACGUUGAUUUUGAUGUCUGCACCAAGAGGGAGAGGAAUUACAGAAGUUCACGCCAGAUCAGUGAGGAUUCUGAAAGGGCUGGCAGUUCUCCCAGCAUCCGACAUGGCUCUUUCCAUGAAGAUGAUGACCCUAUAGGCUCCCCUAGGCUCGUGUCAGUAAGAGGGUCUCCUAAAGUAGAUGAAAAAGGUCUCCCCUACUCUAACAUCACAGUCAGAGAAGAGUCCUUAAAAUUUAAUCCUUAUGAUUCUAGCAGGAGAGAACAGAUGGCAGACAUGGCCAAACUAAAGCUCUCUGUCUUGAAUUCUGAAGAUGAACUAACCCGGUGGGAUUCUCAAAUGAAACAAGAUGCCAACAGAUUUGAUGUGAGUUUCCCAAAUAGCAUAAUUAAGAGAGACAGCCUUCGAAAGAGGUCUGUACGUGACUUGGAACCCGGUGAGGUGCCUUCUGAUUCUGAUGAAGACGGUGAACACAAAUCCCACUCACCCAGAGCCUCUGUACUGUAUGAAAGUUCUCGGUUGUCUUUUUUAUUGAGGGACAGAGAAGACAAACUACGUGAGCGAGAGGAAAGACUCUCCAGUUCUUUAGAAAGGAACAAGUUCUAUUCUUUUGCACUGGAUAAGACCAUCACACCAGACACGAAGGCUUUGCUUGAAAGAGCUAAAUCCCUCUCGUCAUCUCGAGAAGAAAAUUGGUCUUUUCUUGAUUGGGACUCCCGUUUUGCUAAUUUUCGAAACAACAAAGAUAAAGAGAAGGUUGACUCUGCUCCAAGACCUAUUCCAUCCUGGUACAUGAAAAAGAAGAAAAUUCGGACUGAUUCUGAAGGAAAAAUGGAUGAUAAAAAAGAUGACCAUAAAGAAGAAGAACAGGAAAGACAGGAAUUAUUUGCUUCUCGUUUUUUACACAGCUCAAUCUUUGAACAAGAUUCCAAGCGAUUGCAGCAUCUGGAGAGGAAAGACGAGGAAUCAGACUUCAGUGCUGGCAGGUUGUAUGGGAGGCAGACGUCUGACGGAGCAAACAGCACGGCCGAUGUGAUGCAAGAGCCCGUAGUCCUCUUCCAUAGCAGAUUUAUGGAACUCACACGAAUGCAACAGAAAGAAAAGGAAAAAGACCAAAAACCCAAAGAGGCUGAAAAACAGGAAGAUACAGAAGAUCAUCCUGAGACUCCAGAAGCUGCCUCUGAGAGUAAAGAGUCAGAACGGAAGACCCCCCCUCCCACCGGGCCUCCUGCUGUCACAGUUGUAGCUCCAGAGGCAGUAUUGCCAUCACCUGAGAAGGCGCCAGUAGGUGAAAAAGCAGGGGAGGUGCCUUUGGUGACAGAAGAGAAGCCCAGGGAGCAGGCCUCUGCCUCAGAAGAAGCAAAGCCUGUGUCAGAGCGGGCUCCCGCUGCGGUGCAGCCGACUGAGCUCGGCGACCUGCCCCUGGCAGCCGACACCAGUCAAGAGGCUGCCAGGGCUCCAUCAGUUGUUGAAGAAAGUUCACCAGUUGACCCGCUGCCUUAUCUGGACACCAAGCCUCCAACUCCUGGGGCCUCAUUUUCCCAGGGAGAGGUCACUGUAGACCCAGAACCUGACAGCACCCAACCGCUUUCAAGACCAGCUCAGAAGCCUGAGGAAGCUGAUGAGCCAAAAGGGGAAAAGCCAAACUCAGCUGCUAACGUUGAGCCCAGUGCAAAUCAAAAAGCUGAAGUUGUCCCUGAGGUUCAGCCUCCGGCUUCUGAGGACAUUGAGGUUGAUCCUCCAGUUGCCACGAAAGAUAAGAAGCCAAACAAAAGUAAGCGUUCCAAGACCCCCGUUCAGGCUGCCACAGUGGGUACCAUGGAGAAGCCUGUCACGCGAAAGAGUGAGCGGAUAGACCGGGAGAAACUCAAGCGGUCCAAUUCCCCGCGGGGAGAAGCACAGAAGCUUUUAGAAUUGAAGAUGGAGGCAGAGAAGAUUACAAGGACUGCCUCUAAAAAUUCCACGGCAGACCCGGAACACCCAGAACCAAGCUUGCCCCUCAGCCGAACCAGGCGCCGGAACGUGAGGAGUGUCUAUGCCACCAUGGGAGACCACGAGAGCCGCUCUCCCGUCAAGGAGCCCGUGGAGCAGCCACGAGUGACCAGGAAGAGACUGGAGCGAGAGCUGCAGGAGGCUGCGGCGGUUCCCACGACCCCACGGAGGGGGAGGCCUCCGAAAACACGCCGUCGAGCUGAGGAGGAUGAGGAGACCGAGGCCAAAGAACCAGCUGAGACGCUCAAAGCAGCAGAGGGAUGGAGGUCCCCACGAGCCCAAAAAUCAGGAGCUGCUGGUGGCCCACAAGGGAAAAGAGGGAAAAACGAGCCAAAAGUUGAUGCUGAACGUCUGGAGGCUGCCACUGAGGUGAGUCCUCAGGUAAACGUGAAAGAAAAUAUUACAAAGUCCAAGGCUGAUAAAGAAGAAGCAGGAAGUGAACAGAAACGUGAUAAAAAAGAAGUUAGCACAGACAAAAAUGCACUGGAAGCCCCUGCAGUUGAAGUGGUAGAGAAAAAAACAGCCCCUGAAAAAAACUCCAAGUCAAAGAGAGGGAGAUCUCGAAACUCCAGGUCAGCAGCAGCAGACAAAUCUGCAAAUCUGAAAACUGCGGAUACCAGUGUGAGUCCCAGCGUGGCCACGGGCCCUGUGGGGCCGGCAGCGGAGAAGGAAGCUGAGGUGGUGGCAGGCCCUCCCGAGAAGAGCGAGAGUUCCCAGAAGGAGGGAACUUUAACUUUAGCUUCCCAGUUGAACAGUGAUCCGGCCCAUCCGGAGAAGGAACGGGAAGAGAAGGGAGACGUGUCUGCCACCACGCCGUCCCCAGAACCAAAUCAGUUAGCCAAGCAGAUGGAGCUGGAGCAGGCCGUGGAGAACAUCGAGAAGCUCACUGAGACCACCUCCGCGGCCUUCAAGGCGGCAGCCACAGAUGCGCCAAAGGGCCUCUCCACGGAGGAUGGGGACAAGCCAGCGCACCAAGCAAGCGAAACAGAACUGGCCGCAGCCAUUGGCUCCAUCAUCAAUGACAUUUCUGGGGAGCCAGAAAACUUCCCAGCAGCAGCCCCUUACCCCGCAGAACCGCAGGCAGAUCUGCAGCCCCGCCCUCAAGUGCUGCAACCCCCUGGGGAGGGAAUGGAGCCUGAGACCAAUGAGGCUGUGUCUGGCAUCUUGGAGACCGAGGCUGCCGCGGAAUCUUCGGGGCCACCAGUCAGUACCCCUGACGCCUCAGCAGGCCCAGCAGAUACCAAGGAAGCUGGAGGGAACAGCAGCGAGCCCUCCCAGCCUGUGCCAGAAGCCAAAGGGUCAAAAGAGGCGGAAGUCCCUCUUGCCCGGAGAGAGAAAGGGCGCCAGAAGACAACUCGAUCACGCCGCAAACGGAACACAAAUAAGAAAACAGGGAGCGCUACAGAGACCCACGUCCCUGAACCUGACCAAGGUCAAAGCAAGAGUCCUGCUACAAGUGAAGGGACAGCGGCGCCACCCCCAGAAAUGCCACAGGAAGAGAAGCAGCAAGAAAAGCCCCAGUCCGCUCCGCCUGAGUCCUGUGCUUCUGACCCAAGCAAGACUCCACCCGUGGAGAGCUUGUCCCAGGAAAGCAGCGUGGAAGAAAAGACACCAACCAGAGCAUCUGCACCCCCAGACCUUCCUCUGCCCUCCCAGCCAGCGCCAGUGGAGGAUGAACCUCAAGCCAGAUUCAAGGUGCAUUCCAUUAUUGAAAGUGACCCAGUGACGCCACCCAGCGACUCCAGCACACCCACCCCCCCAAUUCCUUCUGUAACUGCAGCAAAGCUCCCACCUCCUGUUGCCUCUGUGGGGGUCCCACAUCAGAGCCCCCCUGCUAAGGUCACUGAGUGGAUCACACGGCAGGAGGAGCCUCGGGCUCAGUCCACCCCAUCUCCAGCUCUUCCCCCAGACACAAAAGCUUCUGACAUUGACACCAGCUCCAGUACACUGAGGAAGAUCCUCAUGGACCCCAAAUAUGUCUCCGCCACUGGCGUCACUUCCACGAGUGUCACAACUGCCAUCGCAGAACCCGUCAGUGCUGCCCCUUGCCUGCAUGAGGCCCCCCCACCUCCUCCAGUUGAAACUAAAAAGUCUCUUUUAGAAGAAAAACCAGCAGCUCCAGUAACCAACACCUCUGACACACCGGCCCCAGAGGCUCCAGCAGCCACUGAAAAGGAGAAGGUGGCUCCAGUCAUUGCUCCCAAAAUUACUUCUGUUAUCAGUCGGAUGCCUGUGAGCAUUGAUUUGGAGAACUCGCAAAAGAUCACCCUGGCAAAACCAGCUCCUCAAACCCUGACUGGCCUGGUGAGCGCUCUGACAGGCCUGGUGAACGUGUCCCUGGUCCCGGUGAAUGCCCUGACCGGCCCAGUGAACGCCCUGAAAGGCUCUGUGAAGGGCCCGGUGACCGCGCUGAAAGGUUUGGUGAACACUCCUGCCGGCCCCGUGAACGUGCUGAAGGGGCCUGUGAACGUGCUGACGGGGCCCGUGAACGUUCUCACCACCCCAGUGAAUGCCGCCGCAGGCACCGUGAACGCCACUGCGGGCGCCGUGAAUGCAGGCGCAGUGACAGUCACAGCUGGUGCAGUGAGCGCUGCCUCUGGCAGUGUGACUGCCACAACAGGUGCGGUGACUGUGGCAGGUGCAGUGCUUACGCCAUCAGCAAAGUGCAAACCCAGACCGAGCACUAAUGAAAACAGUCGGUUCCACCCGGGGUCUAUGUCUGUGAUUGACGACCGGCCGGCAGACACGGGCUCUGGUGCCGGCCUGCGUGUGAACACAUCCGAAGGGGUCGUGCUCCUGAGCUAUUCAGGGCAGAAGACUGAAGGCCCGCAGCGGAUCAGUGCCAAGAUUAGCCAGAUACCCCCCGCCAGUGCAAUGGACAUCGAGUUUCAACAGUCGGUGUCCAAGUCCCAGGUCAAACCUGAUGCCGUUGCACCUGCGCAGCCUUCCCCCAAAGGCCCCCAGGCUCCUUCGGGCUAUGCAAACGUGGCCACCCAUUCUACGCUGGUCCUGACUGCCCAGACGUACAACGCAUCUCCUGUGAUUUCCUCUGUGAAGGCUGAUCGUCCGUCCCUGGAGAAGCCCGAGCCCAUUCACCUCUCUGUGUCCACGCCUGUCACCCAGGGUGGCACAGUGAAGGUUCUCACCCAGGGCAUAAACACGCCCCCGGUGCUGGUUCACAACCAGCUGGUCCUCACCCCAAGCAUAGUCACCACUAAUAAAAAGCUUGCUGACCCCGUCACCCUCAAAAUAGAGACCAAGGUCCUCCAGCCAGCUAACCUGGGGUCUGCUCUAACUCCCCACCACCCUCCUGCUCUGCCCAGCAAACUGCCUACGGAAGUGAACCAUGUCGCCUCGGGGCCUAGCACCCCAACAGAUCGAACAGUUUCCCAUUUGGCAGCCACGAAGCCAGAUGCACAUUCUCCUCGACCCAGUGGGCCUGCUCCAGCCCCAUUCCCGAGAGCGUGCCACCCCAGCAGCACCGCGUCCACCGCGCUCUCCACCAACGCCACAGUCAUGCUGGCUGCGGGCAUUCCUGUGCCUCAGUUCAUCUCUAGCAUACACCCAGAGCAGUCUGUCAUCAUGCCACCCCACAGCAUCACCCAGACCGUGUCCCUCGGCCACCUGUCCCAGGGCGAGGUGAGAAUGAACACUCCCACGCUGCCCAGCAUCACCUACAGCAUCCGGCCGGAGACCCUUCACUCUCCGCGGGCCCCUCUGCAGCCCCAGCAGAUUGAGGUCAGGGCCCCGCAGCGUGCGGGCACACCCCAGCCAGCCACGGCGGGGGUGCCAGCCCUGGCCCCCCAGCACCCCCCAGAGGAAGAAGUGCAUUAUCACCUCCCUGUCGCUCGAGCGACAGCCCCUGUGCAGUCGGAGGUGCUGGUCAUGCAGUCCGAGUACCGACUGCACCCAUACACCGUGCCCCGCGACGUGAGGAUCAUGGUGCAUCCACACGUGACGGCGGUCAGCGAGCAGCCCCGGGCGGCCGACGGGGUCGUGAAGGUGCCACCGGCGAGCAAGGUCCCUCAGCAGCCCGGGAAGGAUGCCACCAAGACCGCAGAUGCCAAAGCCACCCCGGCCCCUGCCCCCCACAGUGAGGCCCGCAUCCUCACAGUCACCCCCAGCAACCAGCUCCAGGGACUGCCCCUCACCCCGCCUGUGGUGGUGACCCACGGGGUACAGAUCGUGCACUCCAGCGGGGAGCUGUUCCAGGAGUACAGAUAUGGAGACAUCCGCACCUACCACAGCCCUGCACAGCUCACGCACACACAGUUUCCUGCUGCCGCCCCCAUCGGUCUACCUCCUCGGACCAAGGCUCCCGCUCAGGGCCCAGCUCCUGAAGGUGAGCCCCUACAGCCCACUCAGCCUGCGCAGUCUACACAGCCUGUCCAGCCUGUGCAGUCCACACAGCCUGCGCAGCCCACGCAGCCCUCCCAGCUCAGUCAGCCGGGCCAGCCUCCAAGCAGCAAGAUGCCUGCGGUCUCCCAGGAGGCGAAGGGGACGCAGACAGGAGCAGAACAGCCUCGUCUCCCGACCAUCCCUGCAAACAGGCCAGCUGAGCCUCAUGCCCAGGUUCAGAGGGCGCAGGCAGACCCGAGUCAGACCUCCUACCCCUCCCCUGUGUCUGUCUCCAUGAAGCCUGACCUCCCGGCCGCUCUCCCUGCUCAGGCUGCCCCAAAGCAGCCAUCGUUUGUCCCCACGACCUCAAGCCCCAGCACCCCUCCAGGACUGGCUCUGACGCACACGGAAGCCCAGGCCACCCCCAAACCAGAUUCUACUCCACACUUGACUUCCCAGAGGCCCGUGGACAUGGUCCAGCUUCUGAAGAAGUACCCCAUCGUGUGGCAGGGCCUGCUGGCCCUCAAGAACGACACAGCCGCGGUUCAGCUCCACUUCGUUUCCGGCAACAACGUCCUGGCCCAUCGGUCUCUGCCGCUCUCUGAAGGAGGCCCCCCGCUGAGGAUCGCCCAGAGGAUGCGGCUGGAGGCCUCCCAGCUGGAAGGGGUUGCGCGGAGGAUGACAGUGGAGACAGAUUACUGUCUGCUGCUGGCUCUGCCCUGUGGCCGCGACCAAGAGGAUGUCGUGAGCCAGACCGAGUCCCUCAAGGCGGCCUUCAUCACUUAUCUGCAGGCCAAGCAGGCAGCAGGAAUCAUCAACGUUCCCAACCCUGGCUCCAAUCAGCCCGCCUACGUGCUGCAGAUCUUCCCGCCCUGCGAGUUCUCGGAGAGCCACCUGUCCCGUCUGGCCCCGGACCUCCUAGCCAGCAUCUCCAACAUCUCUCCCCACCUCAUGAUCGUCAUCGCCUCUGUGUGAGCCCCGAACAGGCCCCCUCGGUGCGCUGGCCCGGGGCCCUGCGGCAGGAACACGGACCCAGGACGGCCCGGCCCGGCGGGGGCAGGAGCUGCCGCAGGGGCCGCCCUCCACUGCCGGACGCCAGCCUCGCCCUCGAGCCCGACCCCUCUGGGCAGUGGUGCUGCUGCUUGUACGUUUACAUGACAUUUAGCCCAAGGACAGACACCGCCCGCUGGACUCUGCAGACACCUUGAGGCUGGGUUUCUCUCCUCCUUUUGGAGAAAAGGAACUGGGCAGUGGAAUUAAUUUUUCGUUGUUUUUGUUUUUAAGAAACAAAACAGAACUGCCUUUGCACUAAAUUAGUGACUUGGACUUUUGCACAGUGAGGAUGGGCUGUGACACUCGGGAUGUCUGGGUGCACCUGAACUUGCAUCGAGGAGCUACCGCAGGCCUUCAGGCCUCUGCUGAAACACUGGGGUCAAGGAACAUUUCAUUGGGUUGUUUUGUCCCCACCCCGCCCUUCCCCUUGCUCAUUGGAUGUGUCACCUCUCUCAGUUCUCCUGCCGCCACCAUCUGUGAUUCACCCAGAUGUACAGUUUACAAUCAAAAAGGAGCAAACAGAAGGAUUUUCUUUCCUGGUGGGAUAUGCAGAACUUGGGAUGUGUGUAUAUAUAAAUAUAUAAUAUAUAUAAAUAUAUAUAAAACUGACUUAAAAAAAAUCGAAUUCCCCUGACAUACAUUUUUUUUAAUCUGUGCCAAAAAUGUGUUUUCAGAGAAAAUCUUAUUUUCAUACUCAGACUUUGUAUUGUCACUCAUUUGUAUAAGUGCGCUUCGUUACAGCACGGGCCCGGCCCCCGCAAUCUGGAAGUGUCACACACACAGACUGGCGUCCCUUCUGUUACCUUGACCUCUCCCCCCAGACUUCCUAACACGUAUUAAUUUAUGAAACUGGUUUUCUCAGCGCAGUUUUGUUUUGUGUGUCCAUUGGAUUACAAACUUUAUUAAAAAAUACAAAACAC